GACUCAUUGGUUACUACUCUAACUCUGUAAGUUCAUCCGUGGCUAUGGACAAGGUUAGUUUCAUCAAAUGACACCAGCUUGGUUAGCUGACCGUUAUUGGGCUGCUGCAUGGGCUAACUAGUCACGUGCUAAAUUGAUAACUUUGUUGGAAAGCGGCACCGAACCGAGCGGUAGAUGUCAUGCUGGCAAGAACUUAUCUGAUGAACCAUUCCUAUUUCCGACUCUCAGUUUCUUAUUAUAUAGUUUUGUUUUCCCUGGAACUUGAUCGUCACCAAUUGCUCUAUCCCAACUGCUGAAAGCCUGAAACAGAAAGAAAGCUUAUUUUUCUUCUUUCUUUUUACAGGUGAACAGAAUGAAGUCUACGUUAUAGUUGAGCAGGUGACCAUGUUCCAGCGGUCAACUGGAUUCCGGUGUGGGUUAACAUGGUCAACUAGUUAUAUCAGGUAUCACAAUACUGGUUAUCACAGAGCUUUGUAUAUUUUGACCUGAAUGUACAUGAACGCUAGUUAUGUUACAGGUAGUUUCAUUUCCUACUUGAAGCAGCUUAGCGUGUAUAUUGUAGAAAGCUUCAGAACUCAGAAGUAACUGUCAGGUGGAUCUAGUUUCAUUCUGGACCUUUCUGAAGGAUAUAUGUAUGGCGGAUGAAGAAUAGUUUAUAUCAUUACUUUAUGACGGCUCGAGAAAGAGGUUGGAGCCUUAGAGGGUGGGGACAUCCUAGUCAGAUUCCGAGCUGGACACAACCUCCAAGAAUUCAUAUUAUAUUUGCAGAACACUCAAGAUGUGAGCUUCCAAGUUUGUAGAUGUUCAACAACGUUCCAGAAUCCUAUCUGUCAUGAUACAAGACUGAUUUGCUAUGUGUAAUCUGCUGACUAGAUGGUCAUUUUUCACCGUCUGGGAUUGGUUAUAAAACAGCCUAAAGGUGUAGCCCAUCUGUUCUUAAGAAACUCUUCACAGGCUAGAGGCUGCCGUAAGCAAAUGACAAUCAUCAGAACGCAAACAGUUAGCAACGGUUGUCUCGCAGUUGAAGGUAAGGUGAUCCUAACCGGAGUUCCAGAGAAUGUCGUCUGUACUCCAUUAAGCUCUGCCUCAGCUUUCCUCGGAGCUAACUUGGGGAAUCCUAGUAGCUACUAUCAUGUUUUCAGCUUGGGAGUUCUAGAGAGGUACAGGUUCAUGUGCUUAUACAGAUUCAAGAUCUGGUGGAUGAUACCGAGCUUCGGGGGAUCAGGGAGUGAAGUUCCAGCUGAAACACAGCUACUUCUUCUGGAAGCAAACUGUUGGGAUGAUUCAGUUGAUGAUAGUGCACCAGCUGAUCAUGACGACGAUUCUAGCAUCCGAGAGAACAGCAGUCGAUCAUAUAUUCUGUUUUUGCCUGUGUUGGAGGGCCAAUUCAGGACAAGUUUGCAAGGAACAUCUCUGAAUGAGCUUCAGCUUUGCGUGGAAAGUGGGCACCCAGAUGUUCAAACCUCCAAAGUAUCAGAAGCACUUUACGUAAGCUCAGGCAAAAACCCUUGUCAACUUAUAAAGGACUCAGUCAAGUUUCUGGAGAAGCACAAAGGCACUUUUAGCCAUAUCGACAAUAAGAAGAUGCCCCCACUGCUGGACUGGUUCGGGUGGUGCACCUGGGAUGCAUUUUAUAAAAAUGUCAACCCUCAGGGCAUCCAACAAGGACUUGAAAGCUUUGUUAAUGGUGGCACUCCACCACAGUUUGUCAUCAUCGAUGAUGGGUGGCAAGAUACACACAAUCCAUUCUUGAAAGAUGGAGAAAUGCCCACAAAUGCUAUUGAGUUUGCAACACGGUUGGUGGAUAUUAAGGAGAACAAGCAGUUCAGUGACCUGGAAGAGUUUAUCCACACCAUCAAGCAGAAAUAUGGGAUAAAGAAUGUGUAUAUGUGGCACGCUUUGGUUGGUUACUGGGGCGGCUUGGACCCACAAUCCGAACCAAUGAAGAAGUACAGCCCUAAGUUGAUGUUCCCAGUGCUGUCUCCUGGUAAUAAGAGCCAUGUAAGAUGCAAAGCCAUGGAAAGCUUGGUGAAAAAUGGUGUUGGGAUGGUCGAUCCAUCGAGAAUCCAUGACUUCUACAACGAUCUCCACACCUACCUUGCCAGGUGUGGUGCAGAUGGAGUUAAGGUAGACAUCCAGAACGUGCUGGAAGCCCUGGCUUUUGGCUACGGGGGACGUGUAGUGCUGAUGAGAAACUACCAGGAAGCUCUAGCUGAAUCUGUCUCCAAUUGCUUCCAAGACAAUAACUUGAUUGCCUCAAUGAGCAUAUCCACAGACUUCUUGUACAGUGUGAAGAAGUGUGCAAUUGCAAGAGCAUCAGAAGAUUACAUGCCAAGGAUUCCAACACUUCAGGCAUCACAUGUUGCUGCCAUUGCUUUUGACAGCAUACUUAUGGGGGAGAUUGUGGUGCCUGACUGGGAUAUGUUUCAGAGCAACCAUUUCGCGGCAGAGUUCCACAGUGCGGCCAGGGCAGUAGGCGGCGGUCCAAUCUAUGUCAGUGACAAACCUGGGGAUCAUGAUUUUGAGAUCCUGAGAAGGCUAGUUUUACCUGAUGGUUCGGUGCUAAGAGCGAGAUACCCUGGCCGGCCAACCCGGGACUGUCUGUUCAGUGAUCCCAUACUUGAUGGGAAGAGCUUGUUGAAAAUCUGGAACUUGAAUAAGUUGAGUGGGGUACUGGGUAUUUUCAAUUGCCAAGGAGUUGGAAGCUGGCCAUCAACUGUAGUUUCUGACAACGAGCCAGUAGCAACAACUGGUCCGCCAUUCAUAACGUGCCAAGCCAGUCCCCAGAAUGUUGAGUUCCUGGACGAAGUUGCAGGCGAAGAUUGGAAGGGAGACUGUGCAGUAUAUGCCUUCUUUUCAAGAAACUUAACUACGUUACCAAAGAAUGGAAAACUUACAGUGACCCUGGAAUCCCUGAAAUGUGAAGUGCUCACAGUCUCUCCAAUUAGGGUAUUUGAAUGCAAUCUCGAGUUCGCACCAAUUGGGUUGCUGGACAUGUACAAUUCAGGCGGAGCCGUUGAAGGUAUGGAGUACAUGAAGGAUCCAUCAGGUUCAGGAUGUAAGAUAAAGAUCCUGGGAAGAGGAAGCGGUCGUUUCGGAGUUUACUGCAGCAGAGAACCCAAGUGUUGCAGAGUUGGUGGUGAAGAACAGGAAUUCAGCUACAAUUCUGGUGAUGGGUUGCUCAUAAUGAACCUCCUCUCGGGUGGAGGUUGCAGGUCAACAGAAGCUGAAAUCACAUUUUGAGCAGGUUCUAUAUGCGUAUUCCAAUACAUUCAUGUCGCGAUACAUAUGGUUUGAUUGAACAAAGUGACAGAGUAAGAUAUUGGCUUUUCCGUUUUGGUAAAACUUGACAAGUGUAAAAAUAUAGGUAAUUACAUGUUAACCUAGUGUGUUAGCAAACGCCAAAAAAAGAUUGGCAGGAUGGAAGGUGAAUUCCUUGUCGUAGUCUGGUUGUAUUAUGCUGGCUCAUUCUAUUUUAUCUUCACUGCCAGCUUUAUACGAUGCAGACUUCAUUUCUAGCUCCUAGCUUCUGUUAGUGUUCGUUUUCCAUUGUCAGUGUUUUGGAAAAAAACAGUGCCAGUUUCA